AUGUCGGCAACCAACAAAAUCAUCGUCGUAACCGGCGCAACAGGGAUCCAAGGCUCCGCCGUCGCACACACCUUCCUCCGCCUCCCAGCCUGGCACGUCCGCAUCAUAACCCGCACGCCUUCUUCCGCUGCCGCGCAAGCCCUCGCCGCCGCCGGCGCAGAAGUCGUCCGGGCUGACCUCUCCGACCUCGAUUCCCUCCGGGCCGCAUUCAAAGACGCAACCGCCCUCUUCCUCAACACCGACUUCUGGGGUCCGUACCGCGCCACCCGGGACAGCACGGCCGCAUACGACACCGAGAUUCUGCACGGGCGCAACGCGGCGAUCGCGGCGGGCGAGGUGGCGUCUCUCCACCGCGUGGUGUAUUCCACGCUCCCCGGGAUGAGGGAGUUGUCUGCGGGGAAGUAUACAACAAGCUAUCACUGGGAUGCCAAGGCGGAGGUAGUCAAGAUUUUGGAAAGGGAGGAAGGGCUGCGAGGGAAGGUGUCGUUUUUGGUGAUGGGGGCGUAUGCAACCAAUCCGCUGAUUUUGCCGACGGUUCAGCCUGGCGCGGCUGGGGAGGGAAGAGUGUUACGGUUCACGAUUCCCGGGACGAAGACGAUGCGGCUGCCGAUUAUUGCGGCGGACAGUUCGACGGGGGAGUUUGUUCGGGCGAUGGUUGAAGGGCCGCCUGGGACGUGGGUGCUGGGGUAUGAUAGCUACCUGUCCAUGGAGGAGGUGGUCGAGGUGUGGAAGAGGGUGACGGGGUGGGAGGUUGAGGCCGAGGAGGUGGAUUUGCAGGAGAUGCAUGAGCGGUUCCAGAUCCCCUGGGAGGUGCUGGAUGCGCCGCGGUUUAUUGCCGAGUUUGGAUAUACGGGCUCGCUCGAGGUGAUGAUGCCCGAGCAGCUGGAGAUACGGACCAAGUCGUAUGAGGAGUGGCUGGCGGGUACGAACUGGGAAGAGACGUUGAUCAAAGCGCAGGAGGAGCUAGCUGGCUAUAGAGAGAAGUAG